AUGUUGAUUGGCCAGGGACAGCACAGCCAAUUGCCUAUCCAUCCAAUCCCUCAGUUACAAGGCCCGUUUGAUGAAUCGAUUAUUGAAGCCGUUGAAGGGACCGAGGAUGAAUGGGUGGUUGAUAUUGAUGCCCAAUCUCGGCGCAGAGACCUACUGGAAAACUCCCAGUACCAUCCUUUUUGGAAACUCACGUCCCAAAUGUCAUUCGGUGUUUACCUCCUCACCAAAAGAAUCGCAAAAUCAGAGGUGGAAGUUAUGAAGAUCCUUCAAAGUCAUGUGGAUGAGAUGGAUGGAUUCCUCGAAAGGACCACAGAUGACUUUACCAUCAUACAGAUUGAUGUUCGCACGAGGAUUCAGUAUCUCAGCCUGCCACUCGAAAAUCUGGAUAUUUUUGAUGAGAUGCUGGAUGAUCGCAAUUUUCGACACGCCAUGAUAGACUACAACGACAAGAUUGAGCAUGCCAUUGGGCGUUUUAAAUCUGCUGUCAAAGACUCCCUCAAAGACAUACAAAAAGGCAAAGAGGCUAUCGGUGUUCUGUGGCACUACAUCGGACAGUCAGCUAAGGAAAAUAGUCCACUUCCCAACAACCUAAAUGCGGUAUACAAUGCCAUGUUAGCUAACACCGAAGGCUGGAACAUAGCCCUUUCGAAGCUCCGCAGAAGAGGGAAAGCCCUCGGUUCUGCACUUCUUCAAUUAGGGCUGGUCGUUACGGAGAUGCAGCGACGAGUUGGUGUAGCCAGCAGGAAAGAUGUGGUAUCAUUUACCCCGCCUCCCAAAAGGCUAUCUCGGUCCCGGUCAAUCAAAGAACGGCUGUUUGAAAAGGGAUCACUGAUUACCAUCACAAGCUGCUCGACACCAGAGAAGCCUUUGCCCCGCGAUCCUGACCCUGUGAGGGCAGCCAAUAUACUGUCGAUCCCCAGGCAAGCUGGAGGUCUGGGAAGUACGCGAAAAAGCGUUACAGACCUUAGAACAAUCAAUGAGUCCAAGGGCUGCGGUAUGGAUGCAGAAAGUCCCAGUCGUGCAAAGUCUGUAAAUCACACUACGCAUAAUGCUGGCUCGAACACGGUUGUCCCCAAACUACAGAGGAAUCUUAGUAGAAAGAUAUCUAUGUCAAUGCUUCCGAAAAGAUCUGUGAACGACAAGUUUGAGGCUGUUCAGAAUCGGCCUGCUACUGCACCUUCUAGAACUCUCAAGUCUCGGAGUGUUUCUUUGGAGCAACUGAAGUCACUCCGCACAAACAGAAAAACACAGAAAAAGACCGUCCUCGAAUCGCCGAUGUUCCACCAGCCGGAACCUCAUAGUGCAACUCAUUCCUCGACAAGGCAGGAGAAAAUCAAAGAUCAGCUCUCACAUUACUUCAAAUCUGAUAGGGUGAUUGACGCCUGGGAAAGUACAGCAAGAAAUGAGGAAAUGAAUUGCCAUCAAUCGGCACAGAAAAAAAAGGACUGGCCAUUGAGCAUAUUCCGCGCAAAGUCAUCGAAUGCUCUUCAUGGUCCUGGCGGGAAUAGGACAACCGCUCUUGAACAGGAUUUGCAACGGCAGAUGACCUGGUUGCAGGAGGAAUCUGAAGCCUUGAAGACAUACUCGCUGAAGCCAAAAUGCGACGUUGCUCCAAGAAUACACAUAUUUUCCGUCGACGCAGCUUUUUCUGAGGAAGAAGAGGAAUAUAAUGAUGACAAAGAUGGAAGUGAAACCGUAAGAGGCGAGACGGGAUCGAUCAUAACAGCCCUCCCUUCUGUGCCGCCUCCAACUUCGAGCACGCCGAAUGAAUUCUGUACGACAUAA